CAAAUCGUUUCGUUUCUAGUUUACGAUUUGGCAAUAGCGCCUACUAGAACAAUGGCCUUUCAGCUGUUCUGUGGUUAACCUUCUUUUUGAUAGCAUAAGGUCUAUGGUUAGCCUUCUUUUGUUUGCAAGUUUACGUUCACGGGUAACGUUGAUUUCAAGUUACUUAAAACGGUGGAUCUUUUUCAAAUAUGAAGAUGAAGAAAACGUGUUUUGUGCCCACAUGCCUGAAUUCCUCAAAGAGUGCUCCCAACAAAUGCUUUAUAUUUGUUCCAAGGGAUCCUACUAAAAGAAAAGCCUGGUUUGACGCAGUAGGAGCUAAAUUAAUUAAAUCUGCUAAAUACUGUUGUGAAGAUCAUUUCAAUUUGAAGGAGGAUUCCAUAGAUUUUUCUCUUUAUAAAAGAACCAAAAUGACUCCACGGAUUAAAAAGGGCCUUGUACCGUAUUUAUUUAUAUCGAAACCAAAUAGAAAUAUAUUUUCAUCUCAACUUGAUGACUCGGAUGAAAACACAGAAAUGUCUUCUGUGGAUGCAAGUCAAGAUAAAUAUCCCGAUAAACACAUACAGUACGAUCAUACUGCCAGUUUUGAAGAUGACAAGAAAUGGCAUGUUGAAUUAGGAAAUGUGAACAUUUGUGAACAAUUUAUAGAUGAAAAAGGAGUUCAUGGUAGAGAAGAAUAUAUAAUUAAAAAUGAAGAAAGUACAUCUAAUUCUUCAUAUAUUGAAAUGGAUGCAAAUCAAUCACCUGCCACUUUUGAAGAAGAAAAGCCUUCAGUAUUAAAUCCAACGAGCAUUAAAUCUGAACCUGUUGACUGGGAGCAAUGUGAAUUUACUAAAUAUCACUUGGUUGAUUAUCCUGCAGGUGAAGAAAAAUAUCUUGAUCAUACUGCCAGUUUUGAAGAUGACAAGAAAUGGCAUGUUGAAUUAGGAAAUGUGAACAUUUGUGAACAAUUUACAGACGAAACAGUAGUUCAUGGUGCAGAAAGAUAUUUAAUUAAGAAUGAAGAAAGUACGUCAAAUUCUUCAGUUAUUGAAAUGGAUGCGAAUCAAUCACCUGCCACUUUUAAAGAAGAAAUGCCUCUAGUACUAGAUCCAACCAGCAUUAAGUCCGAACCCAUUGACUAUGAGCAGUGUGAAUUUCCUAAAUGUCAUUUGGCUGGUGUAGGUGGAGAAAAAAAUCUUGAUAAACCCAUACAGUAUGACCAUACUAAUCAUACCUACUCAUUUAAAGAUGUUGAGAAAUGUCAUGUUAAAUCGGAAAUUGGAGACAUUUUUGAACAAUUUAUAGACGAGGAAGAAGUUAGUAAAAGAGGAGAUUAUAUUUAUAAUUAAGAAUGAAGAACUAACCCAAAUUCCCUAGUUAUAGAAGGCAAUGUAAUUCAAUCACCUGCCUCUUUUUACCAAAGAAUUCUCUUCAGUAUUUGAUCCUGCGUGCAAUAAAUCUCUGCCUUUGAAUAUCAAGAAUCAUAUGUGUCAUAUGUGUGGACUUUCAAACCAGUGAUGAAAAUGACCUUGUGUUACACGUCAAAUCUGUUCAUUUGAGUAUCAAGUGUGACUUGUGUGAGUAUGUUACUAAUGAAAAAGAUAACCUCAAACAACACGUAGACUUGGUUCAUUUGAAUCAAAGAUCAUAGAGUAGAAA